AACUAACCGCCAUUAGUGUAGACGUUGCAGCAGCGUGAACCAUGAGAUGAGAUGUUUGAUUCUUCUACUCAUUUCCCUCUCUUUUCAUCUCCAUCAUCCUUAACCAAUUUCUCAAUUCCAUUCCAUGAUUCUUCUUCUUCUUCUUCUUCAUCGAAUCCCUUCGAUUUCCUCCACCAAACUCCAUUAAUUUCCCCGUCGAAAUGUGGCGCCGGAGCUAUCUCCGAUUGUCGGAACUCCACCGCGGAGCUUCACGUUUAGGGUUAGGGUUUCCGACACGAUCGUCCUCGACUCAGCCGGGGAAGCGGUUCGCGGCGCUGUGGGGCAACGGUGAUCACGGCAGGUUGGGCCUCGGCAGCUUGGAAUCUCAAUGGAGGCCCGCCGUUUGCUCCGCCUUCCUCAACCACUCUCCUCAAGCCAUUGCUUGCGGCGGUGCUCACACGCUCUUCUUAACAGACAAUGGAUGCGUUUACGCUGCUGGUCUCAAUGAUUGUGGACAGCUUGGUACAUCGGAGAGUGUGAACUACUCUCUGGAGCCACUUCAAGUUUUAGGACAUGAGAAGAAUAUUGUGCAUAUUUCAGCUGGUUAUAAUCAUUCUUGUGCGGUAACAGUGGAUGGAGAACUAUAUAUGUGGGGAAAGAAUACUAAUGGGCAGCUUGGACUCGGAAAAAGAGCUCCAAACAUAGUUCAUUUGCCAACUAAAGUGGAAUACUUGGAUGGAAUCACCAUUAAAAUGGCUGCUUUGGGUGCUGAGCACUCAUUGGUUAUUAGUGAUGGUGGAGAAGCCUUCAGUUGGGGCAUGGGAGUGUCUGGUAGACUUGGUCAUGGUCAUGAGUCGAGCUUACUAGGAUUCUUCAAAACUUACAGUGAGUACACCCCGAGGCUUAUAAGAGAUCUUGAGGGAAUCAAGGUAAAAUAUGUAGCUGCUGGGAUGCUAAGUUCGGCUUGUACUGAUGAAAAUGGUUCUGUUUUUAUAUUCGGAGAAAGAGGGAUUGACAAGUUGUGUAUGAAGGAGACGAGCGAUGCAACAAAACCAUCCUUGAUUAGUAAACUUCCAUACUCGGAAGAAGUUUCUUGUGGUGGCUAUCACACCUGUGUCUUGACAAAUUCCGGUGAGCUUUAUACUUGGGGUUCAAAUGAAAAUGGCUGUCUUGGUAUAGGUUCACCAGAAGCCAUUCAUCUACCUGAAAAGGUGCAAGGUCCUUUCAUGAAAUCUUCUGUUAGCCAGGUUUCUUGUGGUUGGAAACAUACAGCAGCCAUUUCUGAAGGGAGAGUUUUCACAUGGGGUUGGGGAGGUUCCAAUGGGACUUUCUCUGUAGAUGGACAUUCCUCAGGUGGACAACUGGGACAUGGAUCUGAUGUGGACUACAUAUGUCCUGCAAGAGUUUGUUUUGGAGAAGACGUGAAUGCAUUGCAAGUUUCAUGUGGCUUCAAUCAUACAGGUGCUAUACUUGAAUAUACAUAGGUUUGGCUACUGCGGAAUUUCAUAUUUAUCUGCUGCUCAAGAAGAAAAUCCAAGAUACUUGAUUGGUCGCCCCAUGCAUCUUCUAUACAUCACCAUAUAUUAUAAAUAUAUACAUUUUCCAGCCCAUCCAAGAGGCUCUAGGACAUUGCGGCAUGUCUAAAUUGAGGCAUAUAUUAACCACUGUUGUAUUAUAUCAUUCUUUUCAUAGGAAAACACCCAGACACAUGUCUGCAAAUAAAACUUUUUUGAUGUACAAAACUUGUGUAAAGGAAGAGUACUGCUCCAUAAAUAAAACUUUUUGCAUGGGAAUGA